AUGGCGUCCGUACGAGAGAAGGCCGCGGCGCUCAGGCUGGAGCAAAAGCUGUGUGUGCGUCCUCAAGCUCAUGGAAUGGUUAUGAAGCCAGCUGAGUCCACUUCCAUGUGGAGUAACCUCGUAUCCUAUCUCAAGUCGUCAGUGAAAGUUAAGCAUCGACGAGUCCACUUAAAGUCCCACAGCGACUGUUUCCUUGGCUCUGAAGCUGUGGAUGUGUUGGCAGACUACAUUUCCCAAAUCAAGAGCCUUGAAGCCGCCACCGUGUCACGGGACAGAGUAAUGUGUGUGUGCCAGGCCCUGUUGGACUGCAAGGUGUUUGAAGCAGUAGGAACCCAUGUGUUUGGGAAAGAUAAGAAACGGGAUGUGUUUAAGGACAGCAAGAGUGCCCUCUACAGGUUUUCAAACACGCAUACUCCGUCAGUUGAUCAGCUGGAGAAAGGUGUGCUAAGCCAGGGGAUCCAGAAAUUCUUCUGCAGCCUUCCAUCAGACAGGAAAGAAGAGCAGGAAUGUCCCCAUGGUGCACCUGUUCAGCCAUUCAACUCAGUCAGAUCCAACCAGACUUGUCCUCCAGUGAAAGUCAACCAACCGGAGCCGGCCAUUAAAGUUGAACAGUUAUUGGAAACAGGCAUAGAGAAUUUGAGUCAGAGUCCCAGUACGGCACAAGCAGUCUCUGUGUUACCACAGUCAUCGAUAGAUGAAAUAUGGCGGGAGCAGACAGUGCUCAAGCUGCUAAGGCUGGUUGAGCUCCCACUGCUGGAGGGAGUUCUUCAGUGCAACCAGUGCCCUUGCUCUCAUUCCCCUCAACCACACCUGUCAGUACAAAGCAACCCCCACCUCAUCUAUAGCAGCAAUUGCCUUGACAGACAAGUCCUCAAGACCUUCAGGGACUCGCAGGAUGAUGCGUGGCUCUGUGCGGCUCUAGACUGUUUGGACUUCCUUUCCGAUCAGCCAGUUGUGGAGCUAAGUAGAGAGAUGUCCAAGUGUUCAGAUGGUUUGACCCAGUGUAAGCUGCUGUUAUAUGGGACCCUAAACAAACACUACAACCACGCAGGCAGACCUCCAUUGCUGCCCCAACACAUGACCGAUGUCUACACAGCCAUCACUGAUCUGUUGGUGAAUGCAAAAUGGGACAAAGCUCUUGAGGCUCUGCAACUAUGUCUGAAGCUGCUGAGAAAAAGCUCAAGAGAAGAGCUGCGCAGGCUUCUGACUUUCAUGGAUCUUGCUGCUGACCCGCAUGAGAUAAAACUAGAUAAAGAGAUGGAGAACAGAUUAGUACUGAAAAGGUCAUUCUGCAGGGCUAUCCUCCCCAGCAGGGCUCUCUCUAAGGAAAGAGAAGACUUGAUGAUGGUUUUCAUGCUCAGCAACCUACAGGAAAUUUUCAAGAUACCAGGGGCUCUACACAAAGUGGUGAGUGACAAGUUGGCCAGCAUUGCACAGGGGAAGCAACCAGAUGUUACAGGCUCUUCAUUCCAUCAGCAGGUCUCAAACAGAAUUUAUGCUGACUCUAUGAAGAAGACCACCAAUAAGGAACUGUGGCUGCUGCUAGAUAACAUCCACCUUGACUCCAAGAUCUCGGGCAAGGAAAAGAGGCGUCUCCUGGGACAAUUUUACAAAGCUCACACAGAGAUCUUUCUUCAGUAUUUUGGCGGCUCUGCACUCGACGUACUCUAG